AUGUUCAGCCACCAUGUUCAGGCCAGGUCCCAGCUCCAGAGGGGCUCUGGGGACAGUCCUGGGGUGUCUGGACCGCUGCGGAGUCGGUUGGAGAAGCUGAAGAAGCUGUGGUGGAGGAAGCCCAUCCCCCUGGUGCUGCAGCACAGUGAGACAGCCAGGCUGGCUAUGGAUGCCUUUCUGGAGCAGGGGGAGCCUGGCUAUCUGCAAGCCAUUGCUGAGGAACAGGAGCUGCCAUUUCUCUCCCCCCUAGACAUGGACUACAUGAGCCAGCACAGAAGCCAGAGUAUCCCGGAGCCUAAUGCAAGGAAGGGGCCUGAGACCGAGCCCAAAGAGGGAGACACUGAGGACAGGGCCUCCCUUUUCUCUGAACUAAGCUCUGGUACCUACUUCCCACUCAUGUCUGACAUGCAGCCUCCAAAGCUGGAACUGGGCUGGCCAGUGGGGCCACUUGCCACAUGGUAUGGCCAAACUCAAGCCACUGUGUAUUUCCAGAGAAACAAGGCCAACAGCAUCAAGGAUUUACUCCGGUGCCUGAUCAGCAGGGCAAAAACGGUGAUCGCGGUCGUCAUGGAUCUCUUCACAGACAUGGAGAUACUCUGUGACCUGAUGGAAGCUUCAAGCAGGCGACGUGUCCCUGUUUACCUGAUCCUUGAUGAGAAGUACUUAAAGUAUUUUAUAGAGAUGUGCAGUAAAAUGGCUCUUAACAAGGACCAUUUCCCAAACAUGCGAGUGCGGUGUGUGAGUGGAGACACAUAUUACAGUAAAGCAGGCAAGAAAUUUGCAGGUCAAGUUCUGGAGAAGUUUGUACUGAUAGAUUGUGACCACGUUCUUGCUGGUACAUACAGUUUUACUUGGCUGUGCAGUCAAGUUCACGCCUGCUUGGUGACACACUUCCGAGGCAAAAUCGUUGAGGACUUUGACAGAGAAUUCCGAAGCUUGUACACAGAAUCCAAACCUGUGCCUGCUUUCUGCAUCCCCGAGGCUGGAACAAACCCUGCUUCAGCUCACAGCUCAGCAUGGACCUUCCAGUCUCUCUUAAAAUCUGCCAAACCGAACGAAGCUGGAACCGCAAGCCAGGCCAGUAGUCUCUCAAAUUCAAGCAUUGAGAGCAUAAAGAUGUCUCCUUUUCGGAAGAACUCCACCUACAAUGUACUCCAUGAAAAGCAAGACUUGGGUCCUGGUUUCAUCAGUGAAAAGAGAAAGGAAGCCAUCAGCUCCAUGAAGCCAAGUGACUCCAAGCAGCACUGGGAAAUGUCAAACUCUAACCAAAACACUUCAGCUAAAUUCAAGUCUGCCUUAUAUGACCAGCCUAAUCAUAAGUCACACCAGGCAUCCUUGCAGCCAAUGUCUUUCCCCAUACUAAGCUGCAGUGAACCUAAUCAUCUAGAAAAUAAGGCAUUGGCUAAAACUAAAAAUGGCCAGUUGCUCCAUCACUCUGCCAUGAGACAGGGACCAAACUUACGAUCCCCCUCUGAGAACACUAGUACAAAUGGGGCAAAUACCAAGCAGAAAGCACCCAGUGAUGUUUCAAGUGGAAAAUCAAUAGAAAGCAGCAGCAAAAUAUGCAAGAAUGAGAAAACGCUGACUCUUGGGCAUAGUAAACUGGACCUGAUUAUCCAAUACAACCAGUUAAAAAGUGAGUGGACAGCUGCAGUCCCAAGCUCUGCUAGACUCAGUGAUGAAGUGCCAAAGGAAAAUAGCUGCAAUAUACACAGGGAUGAGAAAACACUGACUCUUGGACACAGUAAACUGGAUCUGAUCACAAGUUAUAACAAAUCAAAAUCUAAGCAAAUAUCUAGUCAAUUUGGGCCCUAACCCUCUCUUGUCCUAGGGUGUGUCUACACUGGCCCAGCUGCCUAGUGAAGUAGAUAGUGAAGACGCUACCUACUCAGAUGGGAGAGUGUCUCGUGGCGGCACAGGUACGCCACCUCUACGAGAGGUGACAGUGUGUCAACAGGAGAAGCCCUCCCAUUGACAUAGUGUUGUCUACACUGGGGGUUGGGUCAGUGUAACUACAUCACUCAGGGGUGUGGAUUUUCCAUACCCCUGAGCGACUUUGUUACACUGAUGUAAGUUUGUAGUGUAGACCAGGGCCUAGUUACAUUCUCCAAUCUCAUUCCUAGAGUUACCAUAAUUUUUUUUGCAAAAAGAAAAGGAGGACUUGUGGCACCUUAGAGACUAACAAAUUUAUUUGAGCAUAAGCUUUUGUGAGCUACAGCUCACUUCACUGAAUGCAUUCAGUGGAAAAUACAGUGGGGAGAUUUAUAUACAUAGAGAACGUGAAACAAUGGGUGUUACCAUAUACACUGUAACAAGAGUGAUCACUUAAGGUGAGCUAUUACCAGCAGGAGAGUGGGGGGAAUAAACAUGGGGAAAUAGUUUUUCUGAUACAACAUAAAACUGUCAGUUUGAAAACAAACACAAAACACAGAGUAACAUGAUGAAAUAGUCCAGGCUUCUACAUUCCUUUAGUCUGUAUUAAAAAAGACUAUUUUACUACAAGCUUUAUUUUAAAAAUAAUCAUUUGACAUAGAAUCUCAAAGUUGGAAGGGACCUCAGGAGGUCAUCUAGUCCAACCCCCUGCUCAAAGCAGGACCAAUCCCCAAUUUUUGCUCCAGAUCCCUAAAUGGCCCCCUCAAGGAUUGAGCUCACAACCCUGAGUUUAGCAGGCCAAUGCUCAAAUCACUGAGCUAUCCCUCCCCACUUACAUCAUCCUCUAUAGUUCUUUGAUUGGUUCUUGGUGAUUUAACUAGGGUUCUGUUUAAAUUAAGAGUAGUAUUUAAAGAUUUUCUUUUCCUAUAUCAAUUUUGUUGACCGCUGACCUGAUGUUAUGACUUAAGGCUACGAUUUUAUCACGGAAGUCACGGACUCCAUGAUUUCCAGAGACCCCUGUGACUUCAGCCCUGCAGGCGGUACGGGGACCCCCCACAGCUGAGCUCCCCAUUUUGUCACAGAUAUAUUUAGUAAAAGUCAUGCACAGGUCACGGCUUCUGUGAAUUUUUCUUUAUUGCCCAUGACCUGUCUGUGCCUUUUACUAAAAAUACCUGUGCCAAAAUCUUAGCCUUACUUAUGACCUAUGAUCCUAUCUCAUGUCUCCUGGGUGAUUUUAUGCUUGCUAGAGGUAAAAUGAUGUAAUAGGAGUAUAAAAUUGUAUGUAUGUGGGUGUAUGGCUUGUUAGCAUGGAACAUGCAUGGGGGCAAAUAGGUGAACGUAAGUAUAUGGCUUAUUAAGCUUGUUAAAAUUUAAGGGUCUAUCAUAUUAGGUUAAGGCUUUGUGAAAGUAAUUAUUUUAAAGACUGAACUGCAGCUGAAAUGAGAGAGACCUAAGAAGAUAAUCCCAGAUCAAAUAUUUUUUACUUUCAUUCUGAAACAAAAUCAAAUAACCCCAAACAGGUCCAGUACUCCACAGGAAGGGUGUUUGGGGGACUUUAGCAAUGAGGUUGCUAUGCAGUAUCUAAGCAGUUAGACUGCUUGUACAUAUAGGAAUUAUUAAGAAAUAAAUGAUAUAAGAGAGGAAUAUCAAUGCUUGAUGAUUAAUUAAGGACACCCCAAAGGCCACGUAUGGUUAGGGACAGCUAUUCACCUUAUUAUAAUCACGAUAAAGCAUGAAAUGGUAUAUAUCUGUACUAUCACCAUAAGGAAGGGUAUAAAAUAUCACACCCAGUUCCCAUUUCUUGGGGUGCGUCAGGUCCCCAAGACUGUGUAAACUGAAUCAGGAUCCCCUUUCUGAUGGGCUCCACUUAUGUCCCGUUCCAUCUUUGUUUCCAAUGGUCUCCGUACGUUGUAAAUAUACACAAUGUAAGACUGUAUGUAGGAGUGAUGCAGGAAACCACUUUACUGUACUUCCCUUAUUCUAAUCUUAGUGCAUAUUGAUCCUUUCCUAUAAUUUCAAUUAUAGUUGUCUGUAUUAAAUAAAGUUUGUGUGUUUCACCAAAUUCCAUCUUCUUAAGUAACUUUAAGUAGCCACCUAGGAAAAGUACCUGUUAUCUAUAACAAGAGCAUGUUGCACCCCAAUACAUAAUCUUAUAAGUGUGAUAACUGUUCAGGGUACCACUUGCUGACAACAAUGUUAAGAGAGAUGGUGCAAACUACAUUAAAAAAGUAAAGAAAACUUACAACUAAAAAUAUCAGUGUCCAGUCAUGGGAUUGUGCAUGCAUGUAUGUGUCUGGGGUGAGGAUGUAGAAGAAUAAAUGUGAGAGCAUGCAUGUUGCUGAGCAAGGCAUUGCCAUUCCUGGAACAAAGACUGUCGGCGAGAACUCCGUCCUCCGGCACGGUGGAGCUCUCCGCACUAAGCAGAAAGCUUGUCUGGGAGGCAGCCAGAACUCCCUCUGGGGCUGGUCCCAGCCUCUGGGCUGGGCUCCUGCAGGAACUAAAGACCAUCACAAACCUCGCUACCUUCCACCCCAUUUGCAAAGUGCAUUUCUUUGGCUUUGCUUCUCUACUAUAAACACAUCGCUGCACCCAGGCAGGCGCGAGGACAGGGACACCUGCGGCCCGGCGCGGCCCGGCCACGCCACGCGCCCACAGGGGGCCGGGCCGGGGCAGCCCCAGGGAACGGCGCGGAACGGGGGCCCCGGCAGCCCGAAGUGAAGGGCGGUCGCCGGCCAGGAACAGACCCGGGCUAAGCGCUGCGCGGGGCCGCGCCGGGCCGGGGCGACAGGGGCCCAGCUCCGGCGGCCUCGCCUGC